AUGAUGUUUGUGUCUUGGUCAGAUCAGAACAACAUUCUCAUCUACCGGACAUUUGAAGACUUUAAGAGGUUCCAUAAAGAGCUGAAGAGAAAGUUCCCCAUCGAGAGUGGCUCACUCAGGAGAUCGGACCGGACAAUACCCAGGUUUAAAGACGCAAAUGUGAAGCAGAGGAAGAGUGGGAAGCUGAAGAGGUGCCUGGAGAUACUGAAACUGCUGGAAACUUACUCCCAGGAGCUGCUGAAAACCGAUGUUAAAAUCUCCCAGGGUGAAGAUGUGAUUCAGUUUUUCAAGGCACAGACCCAAGACCUAGAUCCCUCCUUUCCUGAAAACAGUGUUGUGAUCAUGCCGUCAGAAAUUGGAGGGGAAAAGAAAAACCAGCCGCGGCAGCAGCUCUCCUCUAUUACACAUCCUCAGGCAUCCCAGAGCUACAGGUGCAUUGAAACCUUUGAAACCAAAGACACAAAGAACAAGACUUUCAAAGUCGCCAAGAAGGAAAUAGUUGAAGUGUUAAUCAAGGACAUGACCGGCUGGUGGCUAGUGGAAAAUGCAGAUAAGCAGAUAGCCUGGUUCCCAGCCCCAUACCUGGAAGAGAUUGACAUCCACAAGGACAUCCAGAAUGCCUUGAGCUCAAAUGAGGAGAGCAGCCUGUACUUCGUUGUGCGGGCCUACGAGUCUCAGAAGGCAGAUGAGCUCUCGCUGAACAACGGCGUCAUCGUGGAGGUGGUCAGGAAAUCUGAUGAUGGCUGGUGGCUGAUCCGAUACAAUGGCCGUACCGGCUACUUGCCCUCCAUGUGCCUCCAGCCCUACAAGAAUCCUCAUCACAAGCUCCAGACCAUCAUAAGCUGCGGGCUCAAUGUCUCCACCCCGAACCUCUGCUCCUCCCUGAUGGGUUCCCAGCCCCAGGGUGAGGCCACAGGACAGCGCAGGGUGCAGGCUAGCUCUUCCCUUGACCGGACAGAAGAGGAUGUGAGCUCUCUGAGAAGCAGAUCAAGGUCUCUGCCCAGGGCCAGCUCCACCCCGGACCUGGAGUCAGACAGCUCGUCCCUCAGCUCGGGGAGCAGCAGCGAGCAGGACGGCCGGCUGAGCUGGAAGCCCGACUUGUCAAGAUCUCUGCCCGAAGUUGAGCAGGCCAGGAGCUCUCCCCUGGGGCAUGCCUUGGCCUCGCACAGCAGCAAGUCUCCACAUCUCACCCACAAGGACAGGAACGAUUCUGGCUUUGUGGAGUCAUCUGCAGGUGAUCUAAGUUACUCCCUCACUGACCCAGACUUGGCCGCUUGUGUCCCCAAGGUCCCCGUGCGUCCCUCAGCCCACGAAAUCCUCCAGAAGUGCAGCACCGUCACGAAGCGAGCCGUGCAGCAGUCUGCCUCCCGGCCGGCACUCCAAGCUCUGCUCCCUCUCCCAAGUGUGCACUAG